UGGAAAUAAACAAGUAAGUGCGAGUUGUAGUACUUCUAAUUGCUGUUUGGUACGCAAAUUAAUACACAAUUUUAUCAACUGUGACUGUAACUGCUUUGAAUAACGAAAGGUUUGCGUCAGUGUUUCCCAUACAAUGAUCUUUCCCAAAGUUGCUAGUUCGCUAGCCUCCUGAUGUGAGUUAGCACAGGAAAUAACCAAACAUAUAUCAAAUAAUUCGUUCAUUUGGACACAAUCUGGCCAUGUAUUAAAAUUGAAAAGGCUUAUAAAAUAAGCAUUUGGGACAUCUUGUGACAAAUUGUGCAUGUGUACACCACAUAACGUUAAAUUGAACUCUCAAAAUCGUUUUACUUAAUUCGUUGCUGUCGAUGUUUUAAUAAGACAUUUCAUGUGGCGUUUUUUUUUAUUAUUUAAUAGCUAGUUGGCUAACGUUUUUGGUGUGCAGUGUUGUAAUGGUUAACGUUACCAUAGCAUUGAGUCGUUGACAUGAAUAAGCAGUUUAUCUGUAGAAACGUAAUUUAAACGAAUACACCCAACGCAGGAGUUUUAACCUUUGCCCGCAGAAUGCCGCCUGUGUCUGGACUGGACACCGGCCCGGCUGAAGAAUGCUGGGGUCUUAAACGCUCGGACUGCGUUUGUCCGGUUUGUCUGGACAUAUUCCUGGAGCCCGUCACUUUGCCCUGCACGCACACCUUCUGCAAACCAUGCUUUCUGGAAACCGUGGACAAAUCCAACAUGUGCUGUCCGCUUUGCCGAAAACGCGUGUCCACUUGGGCGCGACUCAACAGCCGCAACAAGACCUUGGUGAACAUGGAGCUGUGGAGACGAAUACAGGACGCUUUCCCCACUCAGUGUGAGCGGAGAGUGCAGGGCAUCGAGGAGGAGGAUGAUGCUGUAACCAUUCCGAGGGCGCGUGUGUGUCAGCCGGGAGAGCUGAGGAAAGAGUAUGAGGAUCAGAUCAGUAAGCUGGUGGAGGAGAAGCGAGCUCUAGAGGAAGCAGAGAGGAGAGCCAGUGAGGAGUACAUCCAGCGCCUCCUGGCUGAGGAGGAGGAACGGAUAGCGGAGGAGAGGAGGAGACGAGAGGAGCAGCAGCUGGAGAACGAUGAGAAACUGGCCAGAAUGCUGAGCCAAGAGCUGAAUUCAGGACCAGUCUCUGAAACAUCAUGGACCGCCAAACCAGCUGAUAAUACACCGGCGAAGAAAACAAAGCCAAACGUAGGCGACAUUGAGAAGUUUUUGCGUCCAGUGUCUCAUAAACAGCCGAGCAGUUCUGACAGCAGCCCAGACUCCUCUCUGAUGGCGAAUAAGGAGAACAUUCUGAGCCCUCUUAAACCCCUCUCAGCCCAAUCUCUGGAGGGCACAAGCAAACUGAGCUCAUCUCUGCUGGACUACAGCGGGAAACCCUCCACCUCCGGCUCCAGCUGCUCAGAACACACUUUUGUUUUUAACAGUCCGAACAGCAGCUCGCUGAAAAGGAAGAGUUCAGAGGUGGAACUUCAGACUGAAGCAGAUCUGCUCAUUAAGAGGCCCUGUGAGUCUCCUUCAGCCGACAGCACCUUCCUGUCUGAAGUGGUGUGGCACGAGGAGGCCUUACAGAUUCGCUGGCAGCAAGAGGAGGAGGACCGCAGAAUGGCCAUGCGUCUCCAGAAGCAGCUGGAUCGCGAAAACUCUGUGGACCGCAGGAAGGGUACAGCCGACGGCUAUCCGCUUCGGCAAAAACCUUCCACGAGCACAAACCCAGACGAGGAAAACUCCAGAAAGAGGCCUACUUCGAGGAACAGCACGGGACGCAGGGACAGCGAGAAAACCGAAAAGAGACUUUCUGCAGCCACCCCUGGGAAGAGCCCUGCUUCUUCUCCUACAACUGCCUCGCCUGCUUUGAAGAAGGGGGCGAAGCAGACCACCCUUACCGAGAUGUUCCCCAACCUCAGCAGCUGAAUGUUGCUCUACUUCUUUUAUCUGGUUUCUUAUUCGGCAUUCAGACUUGAAGCUCUUUUUAGGUGCUGCGCUGCUACUAAAGGACGUCCUGUAACCGAUUUCUGUUGUCUUUUUCGGUUCCUGGUCGCAUGUUGCUAACACUCCUUCAGUGCCUUUCCAAGGAGGGUCAUACUGUAAAGUCAUGAUGAAAGUUUCAUUUCCUAGAGUGUUUUAUAGUCAUGACUAACUUAGAGUUUGAAGUGGUGUUAAUGCUGCAGAACAACUUCAUUUUGUAAGCAUUUGCAGGCAUUUCACUUUGGUUAAAUAAAAGGAAAGUUUGGUAAAAAAAAAAAAAAA